AUGUCUCACCCACACAACUCAUCGCACGACAGCACCUACUAUGGAUCCGGCUCUGGUUUAAGUACAUCUGGUCCUGACGGCGAUCUUCCACCCUUUCAAGCUUUUCCUGCAGCCCGGGACAGCCGGUCAAGACCAAAUUCUGGGAAUACGCCUCCUCAACAAGAUCUAGGUGUGGCUCAUGGUAGCUCUCAGCGUUACCGGGCCGCAGACGAUGCGAAUACACGCAGAUCAGGCCAUCCCAGCUCGAUGGACGAUCCGGCAUAUAGAGAACGACAGCGUACAAGCACUUUGCCCGAGUUCACGCCGUUCCCCUCGGCGUCGCCGGGGCAUCGUUAUGCACCUCCAGAAGGGGCCCGGGCCCCACAACCACGACCAAUCCCCCCACAGCCUUACGCUGCCGAGACGGGUAGUAGCUACCUACCAGUUCCUCCUGCCAACGCGAUUCGAGUUCCACUGCAACCUUCGCCGUAUGCGCCUCCCGGCCCCUUGACGGAGCGGCCCCAUGUAUGCGAACAUUGUGACUCUGGGUUCGCACGGGCCCAUGAUUUGAAGAGACACCUAGAGACGCACAAGAGCGAGCGCCCUCAUAAAUGUCCCAAUUGCCAGCGUUCGUUCAGUAGGAAGGAUGCAGUUCAGCGACAUCUGGUUGUCACUCAGUGUACUGGGAGUGCUGGCGGUUCCAAAUAG